AUGACCGACUAUUUGGAGGAACAACAAAACGAAUUGGAGGCUCUGCAAUCCAUAUAUCCCGAGGAAUUCCAAGAGAUUAGCGACAACGAAUUCACGAUUGCCAUCCACCCUGACGAUUUGGAACUGGAGAAUUCAUGCUCUCUCUCGCUGCGUGUCAAGUAUACCCCCCAGUAUCCAGAUGAAUUGCCCGAGUUUGAUAUCGACGUGUUGGAGGGGAAGAUUUCAAGUGACCAAAAAAAGCAAAUCAUGGAUGCCUUGAAAGCUUCGGCUGAAGAUUCAUUGGGAAUGGUCAUGGUAUUUACAUUGGCAUCAUUGGCUAAGGAAGAGUUGAAUCAAAUCUUGGAUGAUACUUUGCGAAUGCGUGAAGCCGCUGAAGCCGAAAGGAUUCGCCGUGAGGAAGAAGCUGAGAAUGCAAAAUUCCGUGGCACCAAGGUGACCUGGGAACGUUUCCAAGAGUGGAAGAUCAAGUUCGAUCAAGAGAUUGCCGAGAAAGAAAAGGAAGAGCGAGCAGCAAGAGCAAAGGAACUCAAGAACAAGUUAACAGGUCGUCAGUUAUUUGAACAAGACACUACGCUUGCAAUGUCUGAUUCCAAGUACAUGGAGGAAGGUGACGAGUCUGUGGAUACAAGCAAAUACGAUCGAUCCGAGCGGCAAUAUGAGGAUGAAGAUGAAGAUGAUAAGGAUGACGCUGUAUGGAAACGGUUUGGCAACGAAGAUUAG